CUUUGGACUCUUGGUCUUGUUUCUUUGGGUUUGGAGAUCUGCUGAAACAGAAGUGAUUGGCAUAAUAGGAAGCAGUAUUGAAUUGCAAUGCUGUUAUCCAGAAGAAGAAUCCUUAAACUACAAUAGAAAUCGAAUAUUCUGGCAAAUAAAAGACAGGUUUUCAUGCUUUGUAGCUGGUUAUUUUCCUAAUGAAAAUAUGGAAGUGCACCAGUGUGAAGAAUUCAAACAACGGACUCUAUUAAAUGAGCCAAAACAAGGCAGUGCUUCUUUGCAGCUGUCAAACAUCAGGAUAGCAGAUGAAUUUAUUUAUCAGUGCAUAAUACAGAAAAACACAAAUGGACAGUUUAAGCUCAUUCAUAAUGAAUCCAUAUCUCUCAAAGUGGCAGCAAAUUACAGGAAACCAGUAAUAACAGGUCCUGUUCAGCUCGGAGAAGAAAUAAUGUUUAUGUGCAAUUCAAGCCAUGGCUAUCCAGAACAAAGGCUUUAUUGGAUCAAUGAAAUGGACAAUAGCACCAUGAACAUAACUGUGCAGUUCACCAAAGAGCUUGAUGGGUCUUUCACUGUAUUCAGUACAUUGAAGAUGAAAAUAGCUUCUGAUAUAAAGUUAGGGUGUACAAUUGAACAUAAGCAACUGCAUCAAAAUAUUACUACUACAAUUGAGUUAAAGAAUUCAAAAAACAGUCCUAUAAUUGAUAACAAAUAUCAUAGAAGAGCUGCAGCCUUCAGCAUUCCUAUUGCUGUUCUCAUACCUUUUAUUGCAUGGAUAAGCUGGAAGAUAUAUAAGCAUUCUCUUCAAACAACAUAUACUGCUCCUGUGGAAGCGGUAAAUUUCGAUGGGCCAUAGGUUCCCUGGGAACAGAUCAGAUGACACUGCAGCCCAACCUUGACAAAUUCCUUCACAUAUUGGACAUAGUGUGCUUCAUGAAACUAAAAACUGAAUGUUCCCUGAAAAUAACUAAAUUCUAAUGAAAUUUGGCUGAAAAUCAACUGAAGUCAACUUUCAGCUGCAUCUACAAUGGGUCGGAGAUAAAGGCAACCUUCCAAAUACAGUUUUUGACAUGUAAGGUUUUUGAAUCCCUGUAUUUUGUAGUGGUUGUAAGCUAUUACUGUUCUGAGUCAACAAUGGGCAAUUUCAACCUUCACGGCAUAAGGUCCAAACUUUGAUUGCUUUCUUAUGCUCAUUGGAUGUCCCUCCUAAUUAGAGAAUCUAAAUACCAUAUUGGAGAUUUUAGGGACUUACAUCCGCUACAAACAUUGUAAAUUAUGAAUGGCAUCACUUACUGAUUAUCUGGCAGAGUUCCCUCAUUGAAUUGGCCGUAUCUGAUUGACUACAUUGCCAUAUCAAGAAAUCUGUUUCUCAAUUCUCCAGUUCCAUAUUUUAUCAUCUCAAGAGAUAUCCCAACAAACUGCUUUUGGGGUCCCCAUUUUGGAUAUACAACCUAUUCCAUCUAAAAAUUCCCAGAACAAAUGCAAACAGAACAGACAAGUCAGAUGAAGAACAAAGUAACCCAAAUGCUCUCUCAUUGAGGCACUUCCACUACAUAGAGCUGUUCUACAUCAGUGUUCCCCAACCUUUUCAGGUUGGCAGGCUGGCAAGGAGGAGGGGGAAGAGGAGAUGGUUUUGUGCAUGGAGCAGGUGUGCACCUGCUGCAAGCAUGAGGGGGAAUGCAAGCAUCAGCACAUGCCACAAGCGCGAGGGGAUGAUGAGCGCUGGUACACAUUGGGGGCUGCAAGUGCUGGCGUACUCUGCUUGCAUGACAUAUGCUGUGCUUAUGCCCACCACUCACACAGCCCAGUUGCAAAUAACGGCCUGGCAUUGGCCAUAGGCCACAUAACCCCUGUUCUAUCUAGAUGAUAGGUCUUUCAAUCCCAGUUCAGUUUGGGAAGAUCAUUUCAUUGCUGUACACCCAGGAAGAAUUACCCCACCAAAGAGGGAAUUAGACCAUGAAGUUUUAUUUGUUUCCUUCCUCUCCUCCUCAGGCUCUAAAAUUACAAAAGUGAUUGCACAGUUGAAACCAAACAAGCUCCAGGAUAUGAUUUAUUUCAGCAGAGGCUAUUUGAAACAACUUAAAUGUGUGGGUGCCCAUUCUGAAAUUCUUACUCACUUACACUAAUAAUCAUGCUGGCGUCUCUGAUGAUUGAUAUCUAAUUUUGGCAAUUCUGAUUUACAAUAAAGUUGUAGUUACGGGGCAUGGUCUGAGAGGAGUUGUUGUUUUUAACAGCUCCGGAUCCUUGGCUGCGUAAAUCUGUCUAAACAGUAUCCAUCAACUGUUUGACAGUUUGAUUACUUCUUCUCCGGGCUUAGGAAAGGAGGUGAGAAAAGCUGUGUUUGGGUAGUGCUCCAUUCAACCCCCCCAGAACAUAAAUCUGGGGGUGGAAGGUGUGAGCCGCCCAUCAACCCAGUGAAUUCUCCGCAUCAAGGACUUUUUCUGCCUUUUUGCAGAAUGAAGGCACACAUCCACCCUCAGCUCAAGGAUUGAUUUAUUACUGAUUCCAACACGGGGAGACUAGUACUGGAGAACUUCUAAUUGUAUGUAUCACAGACUAACUCCAUUUUUUAAAGAAUUCCUUCUGAUAAACUACUUGCUAGAAACACAAAGAAAAUGGUGCUGAACAGCUUUGUAGGCGGGGUCAGGCUCUGAUGUUACAGAUUUUCACGGAGCUCAGAACAUUUAAAGAUCAUUAACUCAGUAGUGAUUUAUUACUAAGCUAAAUAGUAAUUGCUGGACAAGCGGUUUGCUUGGAUUUAGUAAUUGGGAGGAGAAGAUUAAAUGUGAAAUGGCUUCUAAGCAGCAAAAAAUAAAUG